GUGAAGUAGUCAGUUCUUCCGUUGGUGUGCAGGAGUUUUAUUUGCAAGAUGAUAACGCUUCUGCUGAUAGGUUUCGGCAUCCUUUCGCUUUACGUGUACUGCAAGAUAAAGUUUAAGUUUGCGGAAAAAAUCCCUUGUGUUGAGCCACUACAUCCUAUCUUUGGUAAUGGGCUCGAGUUUGCGCAGAAGAAUUCGUACGAAAUCUUUAAAAGUCUUACCCGUGCGUACAAGGAUAAUAAACGCAUCUUCAAGCUGUGCUUUGGACCGAUCCCGGUCAUCUGUCCGACGCAUCCGGAUUUGAUACAGAAAAUUAUGACCGAACAGGCCAGCAUGGACAAACCGUUCGUGUAUGAUUUCAUGCGUGUGGACCACGGAUUGCUUACGGCACAGUAUGACGAAUGGCGCGUGCAUCGGAAAGCCCUGAAUCCAACGUUCAACACACGCAUCCUGAACAGCUUCAUACCGAUCUUCACCGACUGUGUUGGGAAAAUGAUCGCCAAUAUGGAACGGCACGUUGGGGACGAAAAGCCAAUUAACAUGCUCGAGUUUACCUCGCCCUGCACGCUGGAAAUGAUUUGUCGUACCUCACUCGGCGGGAAGGUACUGGAAAGGGAAGGCAAGCAGGAGUUUAUCGAAGGGCUGGAAAUUAUCCUUCACAAUGUAGGCCUUCGAAUGUUUAACGCAAAUCUCUACCCCGAUUUUGUGUACAAGAACACCCGCUUCUAUCGUGCAGAAAUGGAAGCCCGUAAGAUAUGUUACGCUUUCACGGACAAGGUAAUUCGUGAAAAGCGUGCCAAGUUUGAGGAACGACUACGCUCAACGGUGGACAGCAACAAUAACGGUACGAUGGCCGAUGAAAAUGGCAACGUCGUCUUUGGUGAAGAAGAAGACGAUAUGCUUAACUACAAGAAGCCCCAAAUCUUUGUCGACCAACUGCUGACCAUACCGAACGAUGGUAAACCGUUUACGCACGAAGAGAUUACCGAUCACAUCUACACGAUGAUUGCUGCUGGAAACGAGACAUCCGCUACGCAGGCUGCCCACGCCUGUCUGCUGCUGGCCAUGCACCCCGAGAUACAGGACCGAGCGGCAGCCGAAGUUCGCGAGCUGCUGGCCGACGACGUGGAGUACACGCACGAAAUACUCAAAUCGAUGGAGUACCUGGAACGUGUCAUCAAGGAAUCGCAACGUCUGUGCCCGGUGGCGGCCGUAUACGGUCGCAAGACGAUCGGCACGAUCCAGCUGGACGAGUACGUCAUCCCGAAAGGAUUCAUACUGCUGCUGAACGUGUUUGCUCUGCACCGGCAGAAGGAGUAUUGGGGCCCGAACCCGGACCGGUUCGAUCCGGACCAUUUCUUGCCGGAGCGUGUGAAGGCACGCCACCCGUACGCCUAUCUACCGUUCAGUGGUGGACCGCGUGGUUGCAUCGGUAGCCGGUACGCUAUGAUGAGCUUGAAAAUUAUGCUGUCACAGAUAUUGAAGAACUACCGGCUUACCACCGACAUACCGUACGAAAAGAUGGACUUUAAGUUCAAGGUUUCGAUGCAUCUUUCCUUCGAGCAUCUGAUCAAACUGGAGCCACGUGUGUAGAGCGUGGGUUCGUUUCUUCUGGAGGCAUCGAAGUCUUUUCAUUUGUAUCGGUGAUUUCAAAUUGCGAUUGCUCGCGUUCGUUAUGAGCUAUCGAGCUCGUGUUUCAUUUGUUUUUUGCUGCCCUUGUUCUGUGUGUUUGCUUCCCUAAAUGCGAUGCAACGAUAAGCUAGCAAAACCCAGUAGAACAUGUUGCAGCGCAUUGCGUUACAACGCUGCUGUAUCGUAGCGUAGUGCAUUCGUUUAACCUACCUGAAGCAUAUGCGCAGCGAAUGAAAAUUAUACACCAAAAUGCAAAAGCGUUUUCUGUCUUGGUUUUGUUCGAACUGUCUGAAACACACGCAAUAAUUGCUGCUUUGAUUCACGCAACAGGCAAAUCGAUUAGAUAACUCUGCGAAAGUCUGCCCGCUGCCGGUGUUUACAAUUACGAGCCUAUCGUCGAAUCGGAAGUGAUAAGUGAAGCAGCAUUGAGCGUUCUCGACCGUUCUCUUCCUGUACCACCGCGUACACUUGUUUAGCUGAACUGAGCUGAAUUUACUAGAUUUAUGUGAUAUUUCUUUUUAU